GCACGGUCGUCGACCAUCAUCACCCCGCAGGUCGCAGUUUGCACUGUGCCCACAGUCUUGCGCAGUUGCAGUGUGUCAUCGUUUGUUUGAGUUUUGUUGUCGUUUUACUUUCCGUCGCCGGUUUUUCUCAGUUUUUAUUUCAACUUGACUUAUUUUUUGCGCGCCUUUCCGACACACGACCGAUCUGUAAAUCGUGGUUUUGUGUCUCCGAUGAUGUGAAACGGCCUCAUUUCAGUCCAGACAAACCUCUGUGAGGUCCUGCAAAGAAAAAGCUUGUUUCGGAAUUUACUAUUGGCACUGUUAUUGUUACGGCCGACGGGAGGACCUCCAAAUAACACUGUUCAACAAUGUCAGCAGGAUACCGAUCGGGAAACAUGCCUGGCGAAGUCUUAUUUCAGUGGUUUUCUUGCUGUGUAAACCAACGUACUCAACAGGGCAAACGCCACGUGAGUCGAGUACGCAUCGACCGAUCUAUGAUUGGAGCACCCACAAAUUUUCGGCAUACCGGCCACAUAGGUUCGUCUGACGUCGAAAUGGGAUCAUCCAGAUUGCACGCCAUCCACGGACAGAUGCAGUCCAAAGGCGGUUAUGAAGCUACCAUUGAAGCUAAUUGAACUUGCCAAAAAUCAAUCGAAAAGAGAACUGUGAUCGAUAAACUUUCUUCGUGUACCGAACACAAUUUUGGAACUGUUAUUCCAUAUUUUUUCUUACUACAGCCACCAUUGUGUGAAGGAGAUCCGUCGUCAUAGUUAUAGACUAGUGUUUAUACAUUCUCUAUUAUUAUAAUAAGUAACUAUUAUUUUUUACUUUAUUUUUAAAAUUUUAUUUAAUUCAUCAAGUAUAGUCAUGGCCGUGGCUUUUAGUUCGCGACAGAUCAUCUUGAUAAGUGUCUUAUACUAGUCUGGUUUUAUUUAUAUGAAUGUUUUUACUUAUUAUUAUUAUUUUUUUUUUUUUUUUUUAUAUAAAAUAAGUUUUGAAAUUAAUCGUAAUGUUUUUGUAAUCUCUCUUUAGUCUUUAUAUACACGCCAAUUUUUAUUUUUAUUAAUGUUACAAUAUUAUGGUCAAUAUUGUUACUACUGUUUAAUGAUAUUAAUAACAAUAAUAAUUAUAAUAUGAUGAUGAUGAUGAGAAUCAAAACGAUUUUAUGAUAAUUUAAAUUGCCAUAAUCAUAUAGCAUUACCUCGAAAAUACCGAUAAACCUAUCACAGUCUUAAUUAUAACUACAAAUAGAAGUUUUAUCAUAUAUAUAUACCGUGUACAAGAAGAAAAUACAUUUUGCUACUUUUAACAUUACUUUAUAGUUAUCAGAUUUUUUUUGUACCGCUCGUAUUGCCUAAAAGUAUUUAAGAAUCGAUACUUUGUGUUUAACUACUUACAAUUUAAGCUAGUUUUAAGAUCUGAUUGAUCAGAUAUGUAUUGCAUUUAAAUGACCGUAUAUAUGUACUAGUUUUAGAUAUUUUAAAAUGUUAACACGUACACUGACUAUAUAUCGUGAGCUCAAAGUGUGUAAAUGUGUUCUUUUUUCCAAUUUUAUGUAUUUAAAGUACGUUUAUAUGUUCAUAUUUUAAUACAAAACUGCUUAAGCG